AAGGACUAAGGACGGCAAGCAGUUGGCGGCGUGGCGCGAGUCGGGUUGUGGGGAGGGUCGGAGAGCUGGGGAGUGGUGACGCGGUCGGGCAAACUGGAGGGGCCGGGGCGGUGGUUUCCCCGGCUGGUCCAGCUGCGGGAGCGACGAGACUGGCGGUUAGCAAUCAACAUUCGCUGGAUGCUUAUAUGAGGCUAGGACACGAUUGUGAGAAGGUAUACACUCGAUUCUCCCCUGAUGUCACCCAGCGAUCGACUUCACCUUGUCAACGACCACAUCUUGCCUAGGAUGGUGGAGCAAACCCUUCUGGAUAAGGUCGCCAUCGUCAGCGGCUCGUCGUCAGGCAUUGGGGCCGCCAUUGUGCGGGAGCUGUCUGCACGUGGAACCAACACGGUGGUCAACUAUCCCUUCUCCGCACUCCAGGCCGAAGCAGAUGCUCUGGUGGCCUCCCUUCCAUCUCCCUCCAUUGCUGUCGAGGCGGACAUGGGUACAGUAGCAGCCCCUCAAACACUGGUCGACGCUGCAGUAUCGCGAUGGGGCAGAGUCGAUAUCCUGGUAAAUUGCGUUGCACUGGCAGUCAACAAGCCACUGGAGGAGCAGACCCUCGAUGACUGGGACAAGUUGGUCAAUAUUAAUGGGCGCGGGACGUUCUUGUUGACGCAGGCGACCUUGCAGCAUCUCACCAAGGGCACCGGGAGGAUAGUGAACAUCGUCAGCAUAUCAGGACGGGGACCUCCUCCAAAUCAAACCAUCUAUGCUGGAACCAAAGGCAUGGUUGACUCCUUCACCAAGUGCUGGGCCAAAGAGCUUCCCCCUAAGUAUGGCUGCACCGUCAACGCCGUUAGUCCGGGCCCGACCAAGACUGAGGGAUUUGCAGCGGCCGGAAAGGAGCAGAUGAAGAUCCUCCAACCCAUCAUUGACCAGACACCGGUAGGGCCGCGGAUGGCUGCGCCGGAUGAGAUUGCGUUUGCGGUGGGAUUUCUAUGUGAGGAGAGGGCGAGGUGGAUCAACGGGGCUCAUAUUGUUGCAUCUGGAGGAUUAUUUAUCGAUUAGUACUAUCCAGCUGCACGCAGUCUGCGGUCGCUAGCUCGCCUAAUCUUGUUUCCAUGGAUGAGAAGAGAGCGAUCCGUUGGCAGCCGCAGCUACUUCCCAUGUCAACUCACUUGCAGACCGGCUUCCAGUUCCUUCUUCCUUUCCCACUCCUUAAAUGGGUGUUUGUGUAUGAUAAUGAGCUUAUAAAAGCUUUC